AGGAUGGGGCACGGUUUAGGUGCACAACUUUAACAAAAGUGGUCAAGUGCUUAAAACCAAGGCAACAAAAUAAAUGAUUUUGCGUCCAUAUAAACUUUUGGCUGAGGGCAUAAAUGAACAGGUAAGACUUUGGCAGAUGAUCACAGUUACCAACAACAUACUUUGAAGUACAGAGGCAGUGUCUCUUCUGUAAAUGAAAUAUCUCCCACCUGGUAUUGAGCAAAGACACUGUUCUUGGUUUUCUAAACAUUGACUGCGGCAUCUGUGUUUUUGCCAAGUUUAGAUUCUCCACCAGAAAAUAAAAAGAAGGGACAUUUCAAGUUUUCUUUUUUUCUUAGGAUUUCUUCAAAAAGGGCAGAGUUGAAUUUUGAAGAGGUGGAAGUGGCUCUUGAGUAGAGUUGAAUAUGUAGUUGGGGGAGAGUGUCUCUUGAGUACAGUUGAAUACUGAAGAUUGAGAUCAAGAAUUUGCUGUAUUGAAAGAUCAAGUAGAAAGACAAUGAUUGCUACUAGCAAGGAAGAUGGAAAAUGGAGUGAUAGGAAGAUGGAAGGAGAUGGUGGUUUGAGGACAUUGGAGUGCCUAAGAGGAAGACUGCUUGCAGAGAGACAAGCUUCAAGGGUUGCAAAAGAGGAUGCAGAACUCAUGGGAAAGAAGUUGAUGGAGCUAAAGAAUCAGCUCAAUGAAGAGAUCAAAUUGAAGGACAGAGCUGAAAAAAAGCUUAGAUUUUUGAAGAGAAAGCUUGAAUCUUUGAAAAUUUCCUCCGCAUCAGUAGAAUCCCAACAGUCAAGUUCCUCCAAAAACAGUGAAAUAUCUUGCAGUCAAUCCACUACUACUUCAUCAGCAGGCUCCAAUGACCCAGAAGCCCAUGAACCCAAAUCCAAAGUUACAGAGUCAGAAAACUCAGAAAAUUUUGAUCGAAGUGUAGCAGACACCACCACAUCUGAGCAAAGCCAUGAAAGUCUCUUCACUGAAGAAAACACAACUGCUCAAAGUACCAGUGCUUCCAGUUCCAGUUCAAGUACUAGCAUAGGAUGUCCUUCCCCAGAAGGGUUUUGCCACAACCCAACUCACAAAUCUGAAGAUUCAAAGAAUGAUGAAAAUAGUUAUUCAAACAUAAAAUCUUCAAUGGCAGAGAUUGAGAAUUUUGAGAAUGGUCACUUGGAUUAUGUUGAUAACACACUAGCAUUAGUACCUGCCAGUAUGCCUGCUACCUGUCACACCAGCACUGAAUUGAAGCCAGUUAGUGAAAGUGUUAGACAGGUUCUUGAUGCUCUCAGGAAUAUCAGAGAAAAUCUUCAAAGCUCAAUGGAGAAAAGAGAUAUAAUUAGAGCCGGCCCAAUUGAUCAAACUCAAACAUGCAAAUAG